GCCCCUGGUGGCUGCUCUGCCCUUGCCAAGUGUCUAAGGUCUGUGGGCAUGUUUCUCAUUUGCUGUGAAACACCCUCCCCACCCUUGCAGAGAAAGAGUCUUUUGUGCAGCCCCCUUUAAAGGGUGACUCGUCCCACUUGGGUUCUGUCUCCUGGUGCAGGGUUGCAGGCAAGUUGAUUAGAGCAUCGCCAUGAAGUUCAUCCCCUGCCUCCUGCUGGUGACCUUGUCCUGCCUGGGGACUUUGGGUCAGACCCCGAGGCAAAAGCAAGGAAGCACUGGGGAGGAAUUCCAUUUCCAGACUGGAGGGAGAGAUUCCUGCACUAUGCGCCCCAGCAGCUUGGGGCCAGAUGCUGGAGAAGUCUGGCUUCGCGUCGACUGCCACAACACAGAGCAGACAUACUGGUGUGAGUACAGGGGGCAGCCCAGUAUGUGCCAGGCUUUCGUUGCUGACCCCAAACCUUACUGGAACCAAGCCCUGCAGGAGCUGAGGCGCCUUCACCAUGCAUGCCAGGGGGCCCCGGUGCUGAGGCCAUCCGUGUGCAGGAAGGCUGGGCCCCAGGCCCACAUGCAGCAGGUGACUUCCAGCCUCAAGGGCAGCCCAGUGCCCAACCAGCAGCCUGAGGCUGGGACGCCUUCUCUGAGGCCCAAGGCCACAGUGAAACUCACAGAAGCAACACAGCUGGGAAAGGACUCAAUGGAAGAGCUAGGAAAAGCCAAACCCACCACCCUACCCACAGCCAAAGCUACCGAGCCUGGACCCAGGCCUGGAGGGAAUGAGGAAGCAAAGAAGAAGGCCUGGGAACACUGUUGGAAACCCUUCCAGGCCCUGUGUGCCUUUCUCAUCAGCUUCUUCCAAGGGUGACAAGUGAAAGACGCCUACAGGUAACACCCUUUCCUUUACUCACAUACCGAGACUACGUGAGCGGCACUUAGCACUUUCACAGCUACUGCGACCACAUCAGUCUCAGCGUGUGUUUGGGGGUGGGUUUGAGGCUGUCUGUUGCAGAGUAGAGUAGAUGAGGUGGUUCAUCAGGGCUGGCACUUACCCUGGGGAUGCACAAGAAUCACCUACAAGAAGCUCUAAAAAUGCGGAUGUCCAGGCCCCUUGCCAGACGGUUCCAUCUAUGUCUCCAGCAGAGCAGAGCAGGAAUGUAUACUUUUAAAACGCUCCCCCAAGGGAUUUGACUGUGCAGCCAAGGUUGAGAAUCUCCUUGUGAUGGGGCCACCCCACUGUUAAACUUAGGCCUUUGGAAUUCUGCUGGGUGACGUUUCCUACUGAACCAAGCCUUGGCUGCAGCUGUUUGUGGCCGAGGUGCUA